AUGGCAAGGAUUGGUGCACUGCGAUCCAUGAGACAAGGGCGGUUGAUAAUUGGAUACGGAAUGGGCUCGAGGUAUGCUGCAAUCCCCAGAGAACUCAAUGCAAUUAAUGGGAUGAACAGAGAAAGAACGUUGACAACUAAGAAGCUAAGGGUGGAGCUGGGUUUUUAUGAAGAUAGGCUCAGGAAGAUGGAAGCAACAACGUUUGCUCAGAGGCCAUACACAGCAAGAGAACUAUUAAACACUAUUCAAGCCUUUUCAUUUUCUUCUGCUUUAGCCACUGCUUUUGGAAAUGCAGAGGAUAUGGUUGCCACAUCCCUUGAUAGUGCAGGCUUUUAUGGCAGGGAGAGUGACAAUAUAGUUAUUUGGAGGCACAGGGAUUUGGUGAGUAAGUUCUUUGAAAGUGCAAGAGUGCUGCUUUCAAAAUUUGGAGAAAUCCAUGUUACCCACAAAGAGGGGUCCCCAUAUUAUAAAUGGGAUUUGGUAGGAGAAGCAGGGAAUUGUGGGUUGUUCCUCAGCGAGUCUGUUGAUUUCAAAAGAGAAGAUUAUCCAGGCCACAUAAACAAAAGAGGAGAUGGAAAACACAUUGAUAAGAGUUUCCCUUUGGGGAAGUGUAAGACAUAUAAGUUCAGGCUUACCCCUGAUGCAUUUCAAGAAAAGGUGCCAAUUUUUUUUAGAGAUCCUGUUGUCAUGCCUCUCAAACGUAGUUGCGAAAUCAUAGAGGAAGAUGAAGAAUACAUACAUGCUAAAAGAACACGGAUUGAAGACCAUUUGAGGUAG